UACUGUAGGCACUCUAUGUUUUUGGAAUGAAUGCUGUCUUCCUAGUUUUAAAAACCUCCAAGAGCUUCUGUCCAGUAUGGGAAAAGUCCAAAGCAUGGAUUGAAGGCCCUUUAUAAUCAGCCUCUUUGACCUGAUUAUGAGUUAUUGAAGGUGUGUUUUAUCUCCGCCACCAGCACACAGUCAGUCUCCAUAAAUGCUUGGGGAAUGAAUGAACUAAUGAAAAGCAGAAUGUAAUCAGGCUCAUCAAUGCUACAGGCUAAGAUUUCUAUUUGUACCGAGGAAGGAGGGAGAGAAGCUUCCUGCUGAGGUGGACCGGGAAGGCCUUGAGGAAGGACUUGGGCAACAGUGCCAGAGGGCACAUGAUGAACCUGCCCCAGGUCCCUGGUGGGAGGAGGGGAGCCUGCAGAGGCAGGUGGGGGCAGAGUGUGGAAAGCCUUGAAUAGCAAGGGAAAGAGUUAAGGCUUAUUCUGUGCAAGUGGAGAGCUAUGGAAGGUGUACACAGAAGAGGAAAGGAUGAAGAUUGUGGCAUGCACAUGGGUCAAUGAGAGGAGAGCUGAGACCUGGAAGUUGGAGACCUUGGGAACCGGGAGAGGGAGCCUGCUAUGAGGAGAGAGGAGGGGUCUGCUGUGGGAAGGUUAGCCCAUGAGGAGCACAGGGUGUGGUGGGAGAAGGAGCCUGCCGUGGAGAGAGGAGGUCCUGUUCUGAGGAAUGUAAUGAAGGGAAGGGACUGUGUGUGUGUGUGUGUGUGUGUGUGUGUGUGUGUGUGUGUUUGGGGGGGUUGGGUGGAGGGAGGGAGCUCCUUCCGAGGGAAGGUGGGCCCUCCUAUGGAAGGGGAUGUGGAGAAGGACAGAGCCCAGCUGUGGGAAGGUAGGGCUUGUUUGGGAUAAUGCUGAGAGGAGGGGACCCUGCUGUGGAAGGAGGGAUCCUGGCUGGGGGAAGGGGGAGCUUGUUAUGGGAGGGAUGUGAGGCGAGGAGACUCUUGUGGAGAAAGGCGACCCUGUCAUACGGGGACUUUGUGUCCUGCACUACCACAAGGGAGCCCCUUGUCCCCCAGGCCCUGCCAUGGGGAAGACCAACAGCAAGCUGGCCCCAGAGGUGCUGGAGGACCUGGUUCAGAAGACGGAGUUCAGCGAGCAGGAGCUGAAGCAGUGGUACAAGGGCUUCCUGAAGGACUGCCCCAGCGGCAUCCUCAACCUGGAGGAGUUCCAGCAGCUCUACAUCAAGUUCUUCCCCUACGGCGACGCCUCCAAGUUCGCGCAGCACGCUUUCCGCACCUUCGACAAGAACGGCGAUGGUACCAUCGACUUCCGGGAGUUCAUCUGCGCCCUUUCGGUCACCUCCCGCGGCAGCUUCGAGCAGAAACUCAACUGGGCAUUUGAGAUGUAUGACCUGGACGGCGACGGACGCAUUACGCGCCUUGAGAUGCUGGAGAUAAUCGAGGCUAUCUACAAGAUGGUGGGCACCGUGAUCAUGAUGCGCAUGAAUCAGGACGGGCUCACACCCCAGCAACGUGUGGACAAGAUCUUCAAGAAGAUGGACCAGGAUAAGGAUGACCAGAUUACGCUGGAGGAGUUCAAAGAGGCAGCCAAGAGCGACCCAUCAAUUGUGCUGCUGCUGCAGUGUGACAUGCAGAAGUAGAGGCUGGUGAG